GCAGUAGUACUUGAACUUGUCCCCACCUCCUCUCCCCCCCCCCCCCCUCCCCACAACCACCUCCCACCCCCUUUAUAACACAAAGUAUCCUUGAAUGUAUGUAUUUAAAGUCUAUUUAUAUUUUGAUACCUAGAAACAUGAUGUAACGAGACUAGUUUCAUGGAAGUUAAAAGUUUUCCUUAUUUAACAAAAGACGAAGGCCUUGAAGAUAUCGCUUUACUUACGUUGAAGUAUGACUAAAUGUUAUCUACAAGUUUGUUAUUUCAGUGUUUUGUCUACACGAAAAUGAUUAACCUGUUAUCUAAUCGAGACGGUGUAUACAUACGUGAUCAAAUCAAUUCGGUGAUGGUUAAGCGAGUAUGUCAACAACAAGGAAGCAAAUUGGAAAUAAAAAUAUUUAUAAACGCAUAUCUGAAAGAAGCUUAUGACUUUUUCACCGUUUCUUAAUUAUUUAUAUAUACAUUUAUUAUACAUUUUGUAUCAACGCACAAAAACAUUUAGUUCUUAAUUAUAGACAUCAUUUUAAUCAUUUUAUUGCAGUUGCCGGUGAACCGAACAUUUAACUUACUUCAAUAAUACUUUUUAGAUAUUAUAUGAAUGUCGAGUGUGAAUUACACGUUGCAUUUCUUUCGCUAUUUAGAUAUUUAUUUGUUAGGCAAUAUUUACGGCUUUGUUUGUAAUCGUUCAGUUUCCAUGAACCCCGAGAAAAAAAUAAUUUCUUUAUGUUAAUUUGUAAACAAGAUUUUAUCAUACACUCCACAAAUUAUGUUGUAUUUAACAUUAAAAUCAGCUUCCAGGCUAUUCUGUUCACCAUAGGAGAUAAUUGUGUAUUCAUCUAAGAAACGUUCUCCCUGACUGUAUGCGUACCUCGUCAAAACAACGGCCCGUUAUCACUAAGCAGCGUUGUUGUAACUUUGGCGCAUUUCCUUUCGAUCAUUAUUUAUACAAAAUGAACGUCAUGAUUUUCAAUGGAAAAGUAUAGAAUGUAUGAAUGUAAAUAUAGUCGUUUGGCACCGUAAAUAUUACAUGAGACAGAAGAAAAUCGACAUAUCGUAAAUGUUUUAAAAUAUGUAUUUUCUACAAUAAAUACUGUAGAUCCGUGGAAACUGCUUUUCCGAACUGUCAAACGUAUCUAAACUUCCUUCUUUUAAAGUAUCAAGACACGGAGGAUUUUACGGUCACCGGAGAAAAUCUGAUAUGGGAGUAUGACAGGCUAUAAAACAAUAUUUAAAACAACUUUCCUCAACAUAAAAUACCUUCAGUUUUUUGCCGAAGUGACAGAAAUGUCGGCCAUUUUUGCCAUGCACACCGUCAUUCAAAGUUAUGUGAUUCUUCACACAGCUUAAUAUUUAAACUGAAAAAAUAUUACUUGUUGAUCAUAUAAAUAGUUACAGUAUUUGUUCGUAGUAAGAUUUAUGAAUAACCUUAAUAUUUUAGGAUACGGUAAUACAGGAUUUAAAACCAGAGAACUCUACACUAGGGAUGGUUUUGGAGAAAGAUAUGAACGAUAUGAGGCGUGUUUUCCUGCCCCACCAAUCCAACCAUAUAUUGACGAACCCCCAAAACUAAUGGCUCCUCGAAGGAAAAAUUAUUUUGACGGAUACGGUAAUACAGGAUUUGAAACCAGAGAACUCUACACUAGGGAUGGUUUUGGGGAAAGAUAUGAACGAUAUGAGGCGUGUUUUCCUGCCCCACCAAUCCAACCAUAUAUUGACGAACCCCCAAAACUAAUGGCUCCUCGAUGGAAAAAUUAUUUUGACGAACAAUGUUCCGAUGAAUCCAGCGCAAGUUCUAAGGAGGAAUCCUAUCACAAUUUCUCGUGUUCCGAAGACUCCGAUAAUGAUUCCGACGACACCAAUAAUGGAUCCGAGGAGGACUCUGAUUCUGAAUCCGAGGAUUCUGAUAAUGACUCAAAACAUUACAAAUCAUCCCGUAAACAACACGCAGGAUCAGAACAAACAACGACGUCGAGGGAUGGCACAACAGGCGUGCAGAGAAGAAUGGGUUGCCGUUCUACCUAUUGAUCUCUCUACUUUACACUAAAGUAAGCAACAUACCGUCGCAACUAAAGCUUAUCAAGGAGGAGAAGCUUCGAAGUCACCAACGUAACCAACAGGAAGAGGCCAUGAAGAAUCUGAACGACCUAUGGACGAAAUAUGGAGAUAAAACGGUGAAAGCAGGAUAUAUCCUAAGAAACAUCGGUGAUCUGGCUCUUCUAAUCAAGUAAGUACUUGUGACAGUGGAAGUGAACAAAGUGAACAUCGAUUCGAUUUUGUUUUUGUGUUUGUAAAUAUAACUACUCUGUUUAGAUAUGUUCAUAAAUGUUUUAUGUAAUCAAAAUAUAAUGUAUA